AUGGUGCUAAUCUUUUAUUCUGUCUGUUGGAGAGUUAAUUCUGUUAUUGCUGCUAGGGAUCUGGAGCUGCCCUCCUGGGAUGGAGAAGAGGAAGAAGAAGAAGAAGAAGAAGAUCAGAUAGAACAGACUCCUGUCGAGGCCACUUCUCCUGUUAGAAGAAAAAGAAAAGAAACUGCCCAAUCUGUGACUCCAGCUGGAAGUCCCUCUCCUCCCCCUACUAAGUCAAAAAGACUUAGAAAGAAGAUUGUAGAAGAAUAUGUGGCCCCGAAGGGAACUAGGGCAGUUCUUACCACCACUUCUGGCACGGAUGAUGAUCUGAGAGAGGCUUUCGAAGCUGUGGAGCAAGAGAAGGAGCUGGAAGAGCUAGAAGAAGUAGGAGAUGGGCCUCAAGAAAAGGCCAAGACAAUGGAAGAAAAGGAGGAAAUUCCUGCUGAGGUGAUAGCAGAGAGCAUUGCCUUGGCUCGGAAGCAGCAGGAAGAUAUAGGGACAGGGCUAACUAACUCAAAGGUGGCCCUUUUUUAUGAUCCAGAGGCAGAACAUUCUACUGCUGCUCCAGCAGCUGAGGACCAGGCGUAG